AUGAGGAUCAAGAUAAAUCAAGAGAACCCUCUGGUUUCUAUCGCCUGUGGACAGUUCGCCUUAAGUCUUAUGCAGUCCACACGUAUCCUGUGCUUUCAUUUUCAGGCAAUGUUCAUGUUCUACUAUGUCAAGGUCUAUCUGGUCGUGUUCCGUGUUCCCCAGCUGUGGUUCAACGUAGCGCAGUCGCUGUUCAUGUUCUGGAAUGCCAUCAAUGACCCAAUUUUUGGCUAUUUGCAGGAUAAACCAGGAUCAUGGAUGAACUCACGUACCCGGGUUAUUCGUAGUUUUGCACCGUAUCUCGCUAGCUCUUUUGCAUUGAUGUGGUUCCCAUGGUCAGAAGGUUCUUAUCUGGAAGGCCUUCACCUCAUCGUCUCCCUUUUUCUUUAUGAUGCUUUCUAUAGUGCCGUUGGAGUGGCUUGGGGUGCGUUGUUUGCUGACUCCACAAAGGAGCCGGGUUUACGGAUCUUGGCAGUGAAGUAUAGUCAAAUCGCUAUACUGAUUUCUGUUAAUAUCGUCGUAGUCACCGAAAAACUCAGCCAUAGCCUUGAGAGGUUCUGGGUAUUCCAACUGAUAGCGAGUUUCGUAGCUGUCAUUGCUGUUGUGUGUUUUAUCCUUGCUGGCUCAUUGAAGCGUACAUUUCCUCUUCUAAACGACGAAGUCAAUACCCAGCAAUCAUCUGCCAGAGGGAAAGAAGUCGGCUCGAUGCUGGUUUCUAUGCGAGAGAUUUUCUUUCAGCGAGAUUUCGUUGCCAUAGUAGUGACAAACUUUGUUCACUCUGCAAGAAGCAUAACCCACAUGAACUUUGCUUCUACGGCUACGGAUCUUCUCAUACCUCAAACCAUAAUUCCGAAGGGGACUCCGCUCUCUUCUCUGGUGUUUAGUAUGAAUGCACUGUUCGUCAAACCUGCACAAUCUGUUGCUCCAGUGCUUGUCGUUUACAUUCUUGACCAAUACGGAUACAGUGUGAGUGACUCUAAUUAUGCUGAAUAUAUUUCCAACAAGCAGCCAUCGGAUGAUCUCGUUUUUGCAAUGAGGACGUUAUUGUUUGCACUUCCUGUUGUUCUUGGCAGUAUUCAGUACUCUGUUUUUAAACGCUAUUCACUCCACGACAAACAUAUGCUUAAGUCUGAAGAGGAUCGAUAUAUUAACCGUACGUUCUUAUAUGGAUGGUUUUCAGUUGACUGGGUGGUGUUGGUGAUGUUAGCACAACGCCAAGGUAGAUAUGGCAACGAUGCCGGCUUCCGUGUAAUGGUCAAGCAUAUUAUUCAUUAUGUCCCUCUCUUUGGUUGGUAUAUAUUCCAGCAUGGUUAUGUUUAUGUGCGGCGCUUUGGAGAAUUGUUAUACGGCCCUGUCGUGAAACAACUAUCCUGGUUGGAUUCGCUGAGAGAGCCGUUCUGGUUACUUAUCUUUCCUGAAGGAACGAGGAAUUUUGUCGAAGGAAGGUGUGUGUGUAGACAUUUUUUUACAUUUACAUAUCAUAUUAAGGUUUUUAAGGGGAUACCGGAAUUGUCGAAUGUCUUAUGUCCUCGCGUAAGUGGUAUACUUCUAGCAGUGGAGCGAUUAGAUUCAUUAGAUGCUGUCUAUGAUGUAACUAUAGCAUAUGGGCAAACAAGAUUACCAAAUCGACGUGGUGUUGCCCCCAGUAUGCUCGAAUUCGUUUGCGGAGAGCGAGCGGCAAAAGUACUCAGUGUGCAUGUAAAAAGGUACUCGGCAAAGGAGUUGCGUAUGAGCCGGAAGGAACUGCAAGAUUGGAUUAUGAGGGCGUACUCUGAGAAGGACAGACUUUUGGAGGACUACUACAAGACGGGUGAAUUUCCGGAACCAGUAUCACUGGAUGAGCAAUCUGUGUCAAUCUGUCGAACUUUGCCACCAACGCUGCUUUUUGUGGCCGCUUUAGUGGCUCCGUAUUAUGUGCCCGCUGUUCGCAACGUUUAUCUCCUUACGUUGGCAAGCUCUCCGCUUCUUAUUUUUUGGCUGGAAGCCACAAAAUGUGUUUGA